AUGGAUCCAAACAAAUGGACAGAUGCAACAGUUCAAAUGUUCAAAGAAUCACAAGAAAAAGCAUUUGAAAGAAAGAAUGCAUAUAUCAUGCCAAUUCACAUGAUGAAUGCAAUUGUUGAAGAAGAGUCGAAUAUUAUUAUCCGAAUAGUCGAGAUGAUGGGAGGUGAUGUUAGUAAAAUGAAGAAAGAAAUACAAGAAGGAAUGAAUAAGAUUCCAGUUCAAAAUCCACCACCAGUAGAAAUUGGACUUCAUCCAACAACACAACAAGUGAUAAGACGAGCAAUAGAGAAACAAAAGACAAUGGGAGAUACAUAUCUUGCAGUUGAUGUGAUAGUAAUGUCAUUGAUGGAAGAGAAAGAAAUUAGUACGAUAGUAGGAAAUAGUGGAAUUAAUGUUCUGGAAUUUAACAAAAAGAUAAUGGAAAUGAGAAAAGGACAAAGUGUAGAAACAAAAGAAGCAGAGAGUCAAUAUGAAGCAUUGAAGAAAUAUGGAAAUGAUUUAACGGCACAAGCAGAAAGUGGGAAGAUGGAUCCCAUCAUUGGAAGAGAUGAAGAAAUUAAACGAGUUAUUCGUAUUUUAUCAAAAAAAACGAAAAAUAAUCCAGUCUUAAUAGGAGAGCCAGGAGUUGGUAAAACAGCAGUAGUUGAAGGACUUGCACAAAGAAUUGUUAAAGGGGAUGUUCCAAGUAAUUUGCAAUGUCGAGUUAUUGGAUUAGAUAUGGGAGCAUUAAUAGCAGGAGCACAAUAUAGAGGACAAU